GCGGAGCUUCUGUUAGUCCGUGCAAAGGGCAAAGUUUCCCCUGUUGCGUGAGCAGAGCCUUCCUGCAGCAGCAGCAGAGAAAACACAUUCCUGCUGGACGACAGAGACAGAAACAUUAAAGCUCCUUUCACUCAGGCUCAGAGGAGAUGGCUGAGAGGAAAGCCGUCUUGUUCAACUUCUGGGGAGUUGCUGUCUCUUCCAGCCCUCGUGAUGUUUUCCGCAGGUUGGAGGAGUUGCAUCACCUGCCUGGUGGUUUUCUGUCCGCCGUGGCGUCCCGAAGGGACAGCGCCAUGAGCCGGGCGGAGAGAGGUGAGGUGACCCUGUCUCAGAUGAUCGCAGCCUUUGAGGCGGAGUGUGUGAAGGAGGCCCAGGUCAGGGGUGUGACUCUGCCGUCCGAUUGGUCAGUCAGAGGCCUGCUGGAGGAGCUCAGGGAGGCGAUGAUGGACGUCCAACCAGCCGUGCUGAAGGCAGCCGCCGGUCUGCGUCACCGUGGGUUACUGACGGCCGUGCUGGCCAAUCACUGGCUAGAUGACAGCGCGGCUGGAGACGGUCCAGCCCGCCUUCUGUCUCUGCUGGGCGGCCAUUUUGACCAGGUCCUCCAGUCCUGCCGCUCGGGUCACAGGGUCCCCGAGUCCUCCGCGUUCAGCUCUGCUCUGCGGCACCUGGGAGUGACAUCGCAGCAGGCUCUGUGGUUGGACGCAGAUGAGGAAGGUGUGAAGGCAGCAGAGGGAGCGGGGAUGAAGGCCGUCUUGGUGGAAAAUCUGGCCGACGCUCUGGACAAACUGGCCGACUUCACUGGAGUUCAG